GGUAGUCAGUAUGUUUAUAAUUAUACUCGAAUUGUGCGUGUGUUUUGUGCUAUGUUUAGGGCAGAAUCAUGGAGAUACAGAACCGCAAUAUCAAAUGAAUUUAACUAAAUUCAGUGUGUCGACGGGCAAUUUUUCUAUAGAGUUGUUAUAUCAUGUGUCAAAAAACCUAAAACAAGAGGAGCACAGCUUCGUCGUGUCCCCGUUCGCAGCGUGGACUCUGUUAGCGGUGACUUCAGAGGGCGCAUUGGGCAAGACCCGUAAAGAAGUGCUCCGCGCCAUGCGGUUUGACCCUAAUAGCCCUAGAACAACAGUUAGGUACUACUAUCAAGAAAUCGCGCGAUGGCUUGUCGUCAACAGAACGACCGCCCAAUUUACAAAAUUCAGCGGAAUAUUCAUGGACAGGGAUGAAUGGCAAGGAAUUGAAGAUAGCUUCCGUCAAAUUGCGGAGAAGAUUUAUAAUACAGAUGCAGUUAAUUUAAACUUCAAAAACAAUGCCGCAGCUUCCACCAUCAACCGAGCUGUAUCUUUAACUACCGAAGACAGGAUUCCCACAUUAAUUGAUGAAAUUCAUUUGAAUAACACACAUCUGCUUAUCACCAGUGCUGUUUAUUUCAAAGGGCACUGGACUUUACCAUUUAAUGCUACAUUUAAACGAGAUUUCUAUGACAGUAUUGGGGAGAAAAUUGGUGAAGUAAACAUGAUGUAUAAUAGACACACAUACCCGUUUGCUAAUAUUAGUGAACUUCAAGCAAGUGUGAUCGAGUUGCCUUAUGGUGUUGAAAACCAUAUGUCUAUGAUAAUAAUGCUGCCAAACCCUGGUAUCAGUCCAGAAGAUAUGUUCUUAAACUUCCUCAAAGCGAAUCUUAACACAGUAAUUCAAGAGCUGAGGGUCUCUCAGGAGCGUGGUGAUAUUGAAAUAGAUUGUCUCAUUCCUCGCUUCAAAAUUGUUUCAAAUUUUGAAUUAAACGAAGUUUUGAGAUAUGGUACGGGAAUAUAUGACCUGUUUGACCCAAAGAAAGUCGCCUUGGGUAGGUUGGCCCGGAGGCCUAUUCGUGAUACAAAGGUCGUACAUAAAACCGAAAUUGAUGUUACUGAAGAAAGUACCACCGGUACCACGUCAUCCGUUAAUACAGCUCCCGAAUUUGCAAAUGAUAGUAAAAUUACAUUAGAAGCUAACAGGCCAUUCAGUUUUUUUAUUAUGGAAAAACAUACGAACACUGUUGUUUUGGAAGGAGUUUACCGAAAACCUAUUUUGUAUUGA